CGACUGUACGCAUGCUCAGUGGGCGCUCGAGUCGCCUGCCGCUGUGUCUCUGGGGAGAAUGGCGCCGGCGUUGGUGCUGAUGGCGCUCCGGUGGCCUGGUGGUCCCGGACGGCUCCGGAAGUGCUGGGAGCUGCUGCAGCGGCAACUCCAGCAGAGUUGGUCUGGCUUUACCAGUCCUCCGUGGGCACCAGUGUUAGCAGUCCAGGGUCCAUCCAUACUCACAGAGUUAACAAAUGAUACCAGUGGAAAUGCAGAGAAUUCCAGCCUCCUGGAUAGUAUCUUUUGGAUGGCAGCUCCCAAAAACAGACGUAGCAUCGAAGUUAACCGCUGUAGGAGAAGAAAUCCUCGGAAGCUUAUCAAAAUUAAGAAUAAUAUAGACAUGUGUCCUGAAUGUGGUCACCUAAAGCAGAAACAUGUCCUUUGUGGGUUUUGCUAUGAGAAAGUACGCAGGGAGACAACAGAAAUCAGACGACAGAUAUGGAAUCAAGAAGGGGGUCCUUUUAAAGCUCCUUCCGUAGAGACCGUGGUCCUGUACACGGGAGAGUCACCAUCAGAACAGGAUCAGGACAAGAGGAUUGUUGAACGAAACAGGAAGAGACCCUCCUGGUUCACCCAGAAUUGACACUAAAGAUGUUUAAAAUGGCAACUUUGUAGUGAGAUAUUUCUCUAGACUGGGAAGAGUCUUUGUUUUCAUGCUGCACCUGUUUUUCACAUUAUCACUGUCAUUUAAAAUAAACUUUAUGAGCUGUUAAUUGAAUCAUGAAUAAACCCGUUGUAUGCAAAGACUCAA